AAGUCUUCGUCACGGCGCUACCCUAUUCUCUCACGUACUCUCUGUUAUCUCUCGACGGUUCGUUUCGCCGGAGACUUCAGUGCCGCGGCUCGGCGGUCAGAGAGCCAUGGCUCUGUGCGCGACGGACACCGCACGCGCUCUGUUGUGCCGGGACGGCAAGGCCGCUGCUCACCUCAAGCUUAUAUCCAUUUUCGUAAUUUUCUUCACGAGCGUCGUCGGUAUAUCGUCGCCGGUUGUGCUCGCCCGGCUGUUUCAAGGCAAGCCGGUUUACGACAAGGCUAUUCUGAUAAUCAAGUGCUUCGCCGCCGGCGUGAUUCUCUCCACCUCGCUCGUGCACGUGCUCCCGGACGCCUUCGACGCGCUCGCCGACUGCCAGCUGGCGUCCCGGCACCCCUGGAAGGACUUCCCGUUCUCCGGCCUCGUAACGCUAAUCGGCGUUCUCACGGCGCUUUUGGUUGACUUGACCGCAACUUCUCACGUCGAAAGCCACGGGCACGGGCACGGGCACGGCCAUAAAGUGACGAAAGAUUACACGCGGAUUGGAGAGAGCGAAGAAUUGGGGGUUGUGAGUAAGAAAUUAGGUCAGAGAGAGAAAGAGGCGGAGCUGGGGAUUGAGGUAUCGGCGGCGGGAGAGGAGGGGAGAGGGGAAUCGGAGGAAUUGGUGAGAUUGAAGCAGAAAUUGGUGUCUCAGGUUUUGGAAAUUGGGAUAAUAUUUCACUCGGUGAUUAUCGGCGUCACAAUGGGAAUGUCUCAGAACCAGUGCACGAUCAAGCCACUCGUGGCGGCGCUAGCAUUUCACCAGAUCUUUGAAGGGAUGGGCCUAGGAGGUUGCAUUGCCCAGGCGGGUUUUAGUUUUGGAACAACAGCUUACAUGAGCUUCAUGUUCUCAGUGACAACCCCAAUGGGUAUCGUCCUUGGUAUGAUUGUCUUCUCUGUUACUGGCUACGAUGACAGCAGUCCAAACGCGCUGAUUCUCGAAGGUUUGCUCGGGUCCUUGUCUUCCGGCAUACUGAUAUACAUGGCCCUUGUGGACCUCAUAGCUCUCGACUUCUUCCACAACAAAUUGAUGAGUUCGGAACCAUUGUUGAAAAAGGCGUCUUUCGCUGCCCUAGUUCUUGGUUCUACAUCGAUGUCAAUUCUUGCUCUCUGGGCUUGAAACUUUCUGUGCCAUAUGUCUACAAUAAUAUAGUUAUGUAUGAAUGUAUGAUUACCAAUUUGGCUUGCAGAAUUAGGUCAUAACCAUCGCGAGCCUGAUGAAUAUAUGUAAAUUUAGUUUCCCUUAGAGAAAAAAAAAAUGAUAGCUCCUUCCUGCAUAUCAAGCUAACUGCAGUUGAUUUAGCUUCUUGUUGAAUAUGGACAUUGAUACUACUGCUGCAAUGUGAAAUUCCAACCGAGACAUGCUUUUAAGUUGUA